AUGACUGUGACAAAACAUCCACGAGACCCUCCCCCAUUGGACGAACUCGCAACUAUCAUCCAGCAAGCACUACUAUCCAACUUCAAAACCGCAAGCGUAGCAGUCGUCAAAUGCCCUGAUCUAAAACAAGCCCCUUUCAACCUCGCUGCGUCCGGAUUAUCCGGAAAUCCCCGAAUCGCAGACAUAGGCGGACAACAAAACCUCUUCCCUCAACCAAUCCUCGAUGCAAAAUAUUCCCUUCUCUCUUUAGCACAAGACAUGGAAAUGUCACCCGGUGCAGGCUUCGUCCUCGGCGCAGGAGCCGCUCCACAUCAAGACCUCGGCCGGAACGCCGAACUAGCACCAAAUCUAGCCUGGCGGAAAGCUGGGAAUAGUUCUAGCUUUGAUGAUCCCAGUUCAUUGGUUAUUGAAAAUGGCUCGCGAAUCAUCAAAGUUGAUGAAUCUCGCGAGCCUGUAUGCGAGCAUGCCUCGACUACGAAUUGUGCUUUGAUGAUCAAUCUUUAUGGAUCGGAUGGAGAUACUGGUCUGGUACUUAAGAUUAAUGCGAAGGCGCGCAUGGGGGAGAAGAACUUUACUGAUACUAUACGCUACGGUCUACGAGAAGCGUAUGGUGAUGCCAGACCGGUUAGUCUGGGAGGUGUGUUUCUUCUUAAAUCUGGGAAGGCCAAAUUUCAUAUCAUGCCGGACUUUCCUCCGGAAGAUCAAUUGCCGUUUCGAGAUAGGGCACAGUUGGAGAGGGAAUGGUUGUCGUAUCAUGUGUUUGAUGCUCCUGUUGUUUGUUUAUCUGUGAUGCACAGUGCUGAUCCCGAGGGUUUGGGGUUGAGGAUGGAGCAUACACAUUGCUUUGAGGUAGAUGGGGAUCGCAAGGGAGGUCAUUAUCAUUAUGAUAUUCCCGAUGGGGAUGAGGAAGUUGAGUAUGAAGCUUAUUUCAAUGUUGCGUCUGUGGUUUAUAGAAUCGAUCGACCAGGGACUUGA